UAUAGCUAACCCUAAUCGGUGAUAGCUUACUUGUCCAGGUAAACCCCAAGUUAUUUCCUCUAGUAACAGGGAGCUUUCUUCAAAAUACUUUUGAUUGGACACUACCAUUAAAUUUUCAGCCAUGGUGCUCGAGGCUACCAUGAUCUGUAUCGAUAAUUCUGAAUGGAUGAGAAAUGGUGAUUAUUCACCUGCAAGGUUUCAAGCACAAGCUGAUGCCGUGAAUCUGAUAUGUGGAGCAAAAACACAGUCCAAUCCGGAGAAUACUGUGGGAGUGUUAACCAUGGCAGGAAAAGGGGUACGUGUUUUGGUCACUCCUACGAGCGAUCUGGGAAAGAUCUUGGCUUGCAUGCAUGGCUUAGAAAUAGGAGGUGAGAUGAACUUGGCUGCUGGGAUCCAGGUAGCUCAGCUGGCUCUUAAGCAUCGCCAAAACAAAAAGCAGCAACAAAGAAUUAUUGUUUUUGCUGGAAGUCCAGUCAAACAUGACAAGAAAUUAUUGGAAGCAAUAGGAAGGAAAUUAAAAAAGAAUAGCGUGUCUCUUGAUAUUGUUGAUUUUGGUGAAGAAGAUGAUGGGAAGCCAGAGAAGCUCGAAGCUCUCCUUUCUGCUGUAAAUAACAAUGAUAGCAGCCACAUUGUUCAUGUUCCUCCCGGUCCCAAUGCUCUUUCUGAUGUGCUUAUAAGCACACCUAUAUUUACUGGAGAUGGGGAAGGAGGAAGUGGUUUUGCAGCCGCUGCAGCAGCAGCAGCUGCAGCAGGUGGUGUGUCUGGAUUUGACUUUGGUGUGGAUCCCAACUUGGAUCCUGAAUUAGCUCUUGCCCUAAGGGUUUCAAUGGAAGAGGAGAGGGCAAGGCAAGAAGCUGCUGCAAAGAGGGCAGCAGAGGAAGCUACAAGACAAGAAAAAGGAGAACAGCCAUCAAAUUCACAGGAUACAGCUAUGACUGACCGUGGUACCAUUAUGGCUCCUGAAGCAGAAAGCAAAAGAAAUGAUCUAAUGGAUGAUGAGACUGCAUUAUUAGAGCAGGCUCUUGCAAUGUCCAUGGAUGAUCCUAGGUCUGGUCACCCUGCAGAUGCAGAUAUGUCCGAGGCAACUGCAGAGGAUCAAGAUUUGGCUUUUGCCCUUCAAAUGUCUGUGCAAGAUAAUGUGAAUGAUUCAGCAACUCAGACAGAGAUGACCAAGGCGUUGGGCGACCAGUCUUUUGUGUCAUCUAUACUUGCUUCGCUUCCAGGAGUUGAUCCAAAUGACCCAUCCGUGAAAGAUUUGCUCGCAUCACUGCAGGGCCAGUCUGAGCAAAAGGAUGAAGAUAAACCACCAAAUGAUGAGGAAAAAUGAUUGUGCUUGAUAGCUGCUGACUCUGAGGUAUUCUGGGGACAAAGUCUUCCAUCAUGAUUGAAAAUAGAAUAUAUGACUCGAAACCAUAAGAGUGUCUUGUACUAUUGAUCCUUGUGACGCAGCAGCUGUUGCUUUGUUUGUUUGUUUAGAUUAAAAAGUAUUGGGCUUUGGAAGACUGAAAAAGUUGAUUAGGAGGUUGUCCAAACAGAAUAUUUUGCUUCCUUACAAUCAAUCUUCUUUAGAUGUUUGUUUUGACACUUGCACUUGUAAUUAUUGAAGUUUGGUUCUUU